GCCUCUUAAUUUUCUUUCCUUUUUCUUGUUCCUUCCUCCUCGUUUCUCGUUGUCGAGUAUCUGCUAGGCUCGAAAAGACAACAAGAAUAACCUCCAUCACCACUGCUCCUCAUCUAGAAUGGAGAUCAAAUUUUCCUCGGCAAAUUCACAAUUGUGCAACAAAAACAAAACCCAAGCCCAGUCAUCGAGAUUCGUAGCCAGUAGUUCAGCUUGGGCGUUAUUCUUGCGGCCUUUUAACAUCCAAGUCUGGAAUAAUCGAUGGGGAUAGUUUAACAAUUGGAAACCAAGACAAUGCCACAAUUGAACCUGAUAUAAAAGCACAAAGGGUUCUUUGUUACUCACCUCCACCUACACCCAUGAUGGCAAUGAACGCGAACGACGGUCCCUCUCGCCACCCUUCCGAAGACUCUUUUCCGACGCCUCAGCGGUUCCCGUUGUCCUCGAUACCGCCCAGUGAACGCGACGCUUUCGACGAUGCCACCAUGCAGACCGAAACCGAAACCGCAUUUCUCCCAGCUGUGAUGUUGCGAAAAUACCUUCGACACUCGGCCCUACCAGCAUGUCUACGCUUCGGCCAAAUUCCUGUCGGCACGACCCCUAAAUUCAUAACUCCAUGGCCCGAACACUCUGAAAUGAAGAGGCCCGAAGGCAGUCGGGUGUUGGAAGACGUUGAAACCUAUGACAAGUGGAACUUUUCACGAAGUGUCAGGAGUUAUAUCGACACGCUUCCGGCUCAUCAUUUUGGUACAAAGGAAGCGUCGCGUCUAAGACUUCCUUCGGACGGAUUUGCCGAGUUAGAUGAGGACGACAUUGAACGAUAUUCCUACAUCGACGGCGUCGAUCAACUGCUUGCCACGAUCGAAGAAGACGUACUCAAGACCGUCUGCGAAUGCAUCCGAGUUAUCGAGCGGAUGCCUGUAGAUGCGCCUCUCUUCAAUGACAUGCAAUUUCAUCGAGCCUCACAUCUAUGUACCGCCCAUAACGCUAGAUGGGAUAUUCUCGCGAUGUGCCCGAAUCUCUUUGAAGCUAUCCCGAUAGUUGUCAUUGUCGUACCUCCUUGGGAAUUUAGUUUGAAAGCUUUCAAACGAUUUACAUGGGCUAGAAACUUUCCGGCGAACAUACUUGACUCCCUUCCCGUCAAUCCGGCGGAUUCCACAUCAGAUAAGCUUUGGGCGGUGAUACACGACGUCUGCUAUGAACAAUGCAAAUUCUUCGUGGUCACUAACUAUACCCACUGGGCUUUUGGUCGUUUCACAAAUAAUGGGAAACUCGCAAUGAUUACCGAACCUGUCGAGGCACGUACGGUUGGGCUUGGAGGCGGCGUGAAUGUUGCUGUUGAUGCUGGGGCUAAUGUUCCUGAAUCCCUUGUUUAUUGGGUUCAAGUAUCAAGAAACGCGGCACCACCUGUAAUGCAAACUAGGAGAAAUUAGGAGGGAUUGUAUCCUGAUUGGCAGUAAUAAAUAGAUUGAUAGGUUAAGAUAGGUAAUGUUGAUAAGAUUCUGGACACCUCUUUCCUUGAAUCUAUUUGCCUUGAUUCGGGAUAGCAACGUGCUCGCCAUAUACAUUGGGUUGGGUUUAUCGUCGUAUCCCCUCAAAGGUUUUCAC